CCUCUCUCUCUUAUUUUUAAUAUAUAAAAAAAAAAGAAAAUGAAAAUAAUCACAAAUAAAAAAUAAUUCGCUUUUUUUACUCUUUUAUGAUGUUUAUAGAACUCAUACCAGAAAGGAUCAUUGUAGGAUGCGUGGUUGUGCUCAUUACGUAUUUGCAAUUGACUACGAAUUUUUAUAUUUUGGGCCCUGCUUUUGGAGGCUGGACAAGCCUACAUACGCAAAAGAUAUUAGCCCCUAUGAAUCUGUUCCUCAUUUCACUCUAUGUAAACUAUUACUUUGCUUGUACAAUAAAACCAGGCUAUACACCUGAAGGAUGGGAACCUCCUCAUGCCAUCAUUGAAUCGAUAGACGAUGAUUUAUUAAAGAGUGGCAUCACAGGUCUUCGUUAUUGCAAGACAUGUGAGCACUACAAACCUCCUCGAGCCCAUCAUUGUCGUCAUUGUGGUCAAUGUGUCUUACGUAUGGAUCAUCACUGCCCUUGGAUUGGCAACUGUGUAGGUUUUGCCAACUAUAGUUACUUUGUUCGGUUCGUGUUUUCUGUCAUGAUCUGUUGUUCCUAUGGCUGUUUCUUGCUACUCUGGCGAUUACAGCGUAUAUUUGAAGCAAGACAAAAUCCUUGGAUAAUCCACCCUUCUAUGCUUGAACUAGUGAUAGUUGUGUUCAAUAUCAUCUUGAUCUUUUUUGUUCUUUUACUUGUGGGUGUCUUGGCUGUUUAUCAUGUCUAUUGCCUAUUGAAAGGACAAACAACGAUUGAAGGAUCUGAAAGAACCAAGACAACACAAUUAAUACGCCGCCAAAAGAUAGAUGCUGUUGAAUUUCCUUUUGACAUAGGCUACUAUCAAAAUAUCUGUUCUGUCUUGGGUAGCAAUCCCAUCUUUUGGAUGUGGCCACAAGGUACACCAGGCAAUGGUCUACAAUACGCUGUGAAACCAAAUACAGAUCCUAGAGUAGUCUAUGGUUGGCCUCCCCGUGAUCCUAAAGAACUCGAUCCCUAUAGCCAAACGGAAGAAACAACAACAAAACUCGUACGCCGUGAUUCAGAAGGCUAUCUUGUAAGAGAAAUUACUAUGGAAGAUAGAAUGCAUAUGUUGCAUCAUCACUUGGAAGAUCAAGGUUUUAUUGAGGCCUAUUCUGAUGAUGAAGAAUUCGACAAGAAAAACAAGUGAUACAAAAGUUUUUAUUUGGUUUAAGCCAAUCAUCUC